GCUGAAGUUGCUACGGCUUCUCCACUCCACAGCUGGCCAUCUGGCUACACCUGGCUGCCAUGUGGGAGCUUGUGAGUCUCUUGCUGCUCCUCCUGGCCUAUUUCUUUUGGUCCAAGUCAAAGACACCUAAUGCCAAGUUCCCUAGGAGCCUUCCAUUCCUGCCCCUGGUGGGCAGUCUGCCGUUUCUCCCCAGACGUGGUCAUAUGCAUGUCAACUUCUUCAAGCUGCAGGAAAAGUAUGGUCCCAUCUAUUCUCUUCGCCUUGGUACCACACCUACGGUGAUCAUCGGUCAUUAUCAGCUGGCCAGAGAAGUGCUCAUCAAGAAGGGAAAAGAAUUCUCUGGUCGGCCUCAAAUGGUGACUCUAGGCCUCCUGUCGGACCAAGGAAAAGGUGUCGCCUUUGCUGAUGCUGGUAGCUCCUGGAAGCUGCACCGGAAGCUGAUGUUCAGCACCUUUACCCUGCUCAAGGAUGACCAGAAACUGGAGAAAUUAAUAUGUCAGGAAGCGAACUCACUGUGUGACUUGAUGCUUACGCUCAACGGGGAGUCCAUAGAUCUGACGAUACCCAUCUUCAAGUCAAUAAUCAACAUCAUCUGUGCCAUCUGCUUCAAUAUCUCUUAUGAGAAAAAGGAUCCGAAACUGACCACCAUACAGACCUUUACAGAGGGUAUUCUGCAUGCCCUGGACAACUCCAGUCUGGUGGACAUAUUCCCCUGGUUGACGAUUUUUCCCAAUAAAUCCUUGGAAAUGAUAAAGGGAUAUGUUAAAAUUCGAGACAAAACGCUGAUUGAAAUGUUUGAAAACUGCAAGGAAAAAUUCAACAGUGAAUCUCUCUCCAGCUUGACAGACAUUCUGAUACAAGCCAAGAUGAAUGCAGACAAUAAUAACACCGGUGAGGGCCAAGACCCAGAUGUUUUCUCAGACAGGCACAUCCUCGCCACGGUGGAAGACAUGUUUGGGGCGGGCAUAGAGACAACCACCUCUGUGCUGAGGUGGAUCCUGGCUUUCCUGGUGCACAAUCCUGAGGUGAAGAAGAAGAUCCAAAAGGAGAUUGACCAGUACAUAGGCUUCAGUCGAACACCAACUUUCAAUGACCGGACUCACCUCCUCAUGCUGGAGGCCACUAUCCGUGAAGUGCUUCGUAUCAGGCCGGUGGCCCCCAUACUCAUCCCCCACAAGGCUAACAUUGACUCCAGCAUUGGAGACUUUACCAUCCCUAAGGACACACACGUGGUUGUCAAUCUCUGGGCACUGCAUCACGAUGAGAACGAAUGGGACCGGCCAGAUCAGUUCAUGCCUGAGCGCUUCUUAGAUCCAACAGGAAGCCAUCUCAUUAUACCCACGCCAAGUUACUUGCCCUUCGGAGCUGGUCCCCGAUCCUGCAUCGGAGAGGCAUUGGCCCGUCAGGAGCUCUUCGUCUUCAUGGCCUCGAUCCUGCAGAGGUUUGACCUUGAUGUGUCGGAUGAUAAACAGCUGCCCUGUCUGGUGGGUGACCCCAAGGUGGUCUUUCUGAUUCACCCUUUCAAAGUGAAGAUCACGGUGCGCCAGGCAUGGAAGGAUGCACAGGCCAAGCAUGCAGAUGGCAGAGAAGUCCCACAAGCCUGGUAACACUCCAGUGAAGACUGACAGAUAAGUGAGAAUCUCAGACUCGUUAAUGCUCAGGAGUCAACGAUGCUGGAGAUGUUAUAACAGAAUGGGACAGAAGAGAGCGGCCACUGGAAACCAAGAGUCAUGGGGAUGAGGGUGUAGGGGAAAGUUGAGACCAGACCACAUCGAGCUGAAGAGAGAGGUUAAAUGGGAGACUACCCCUUCCCUCUCCUUGCUCUCUCUGAGCUGGCUGCUGAAAGCGAGCCAGACUUCACUCAGGCCAAGGCAGAGGGAGCAGGAUUGGAUGGAGAAGUCAAGUACUUCACAUCUGCUCAGAAUGUGAAAGACACUUUAUGAACUAGCAAUGAAAAGAUAAAUAAGCAGAAAAAUCUGUGUUUUCCAUAAUGGU